AUGUGGACUCUCAUCAACACUGUCGCUUAUUUCAUGCUCCUUCAUCUCGCUUUAAUUUCUUCGUCAUCUCCUUCACUUUGUUAUUUUCUUUCUCUCUCUCUCUUUCAUUCUCAUAUAACCAUUCUUUCUCUCUCUCUCUCUAAAUCCCAUCGCAUCCUUUCAUCUUCCCCCCUCUCUCUCGGUUCUCUAUCGCUUUCUCAUACUCAAUGUUACAUCCUAUCUCUACCUCACUCUUCUCCCUUUCACUUAAGAUUCAUUGUCAUUUUUUUCUCAUUUCACUCUCUUUAUCUCCAUCUCAUUUCUUUCUUUCUUUCUUUUGAUUCCUGUCUUUCUUUCUUUUAUUCUUUCUUUCUUUCUUUCUUUCUUUUGAUUUCUUUCUUUCUUUUUCAGAGUUCAGGUUCAUAUUCUCUUUUUCAUUUUUUUCUUUGUAUUCUCUCUUUUUUUUUUUUAUUUUUUUCAUUCUUUCAUCAUUAUAUCUUUCUUUCCUUUUUCUUUCUUUCUCUCUGUCCUUUUGUGUUUUUCUUUUUCUCUUUCUUUUUAACUGUCUCUUUUUCCCUUUCUUUCUUUGUUCCUCUGUUCCUAUUUUGUAUUUAUUUUUUUAUUGAUUUUUCUAUUUCUCUCUCAAUACUUCUUUGUCUCUUUCUUUUUUACUACUUUCUUUUUUCUUUUCUUAUUUUUUACUUACCCCCUUUGAGAUUUUCUUUCUUUUUUUUCACUGUUUUACUUUUUUCUUUAUUUUUAUCAUCUGUUUCUCUCAUUUUUUUUCUUUCGAUUUCUUUUUUAAUUCCUGACACUUUUUUUCACUUUCUUUUUUCAUUUUUGUAUUCUUUUUCAUUUCGUACUUUCUUUCUUUUCUAUUGUUUUUUGAAAUCAUUCUUUGAUUGUACUUCAUUGUUUCUUUCUUCCUUUCUUUUCGUUAAGGCAUUCAGUCCAUCUAAAUGA